GGAUCGUUCACUCGUAAAUCGAAGUGCCAGUGUGAAGUGCGUGUAAAGCUAAUCGAGCUAAGAAAGUUUUUAACUUUUGAGCUAAAGCGAAUCACAUUCCGUGCUAGUUAAUUUAAUAAUACAAACUUCUAAUUUACAAUUCAAGAUGCCGGAAGCACCAGAAACCGAGACCUUCGCAUUCCAGGCUGAGAUUGCUCAGCUGAUGUCGUUGAUCAUUAACACGUUCUACUCGAACAAGGAAAUCUUCCUGCGUGAAUUGAUCUCGAACUCGUCGGAUGCCCUAGACAAGAUCCGCUAUGAGUCGCUGACGGAUCCUUCGAAGCUGGAAUCGGGCAAAGAGCUGUACAUCAAGCUCAUCCCGAACAAGGAGGCCGGCACACUGACCCUUAUCGAUACCGGUAUCGGCAUGACGAAGGCCGAUCUGGUGAACAACCUCGGUACGAUUGCAAAAUCCGGCACCAAGGCGUUCAUGGAAGCGCUGCAGGCGGGCGCGGACAUCAGCAUGAUUGGUCAGUUCGGUGUGGGCUUCUACUCGGCAUAUUUGGUCGCCGACAAGGUGGUUGUUACGUCGAAGAACAACGACGACGAACAGUACGUGUGGGAAUCGUCGGCUGGUGGCUCGUUCACAGUGCGGUCGGACAGUGGUGAGCCGAUGGGCCGCGGUACCAAGAUCGUGCUGCACAUCAAAGAAGACCAGCUGGAGUAUCUGGAGGAAAGCAAGAUCAAGCAGAUCGUGAACAAGCACUCCCAGUUUAUUGGCUAUCCAAUCAAGCUGCUGGUGGAGAAGGAACGCGAGAAGGAGGUGAGCGACGACGAGGCCGAAGAAGAAAAGAAGGAAGAAGAGAAGGAAAAGAAGGACGAAGAACCAAAGCUGGAGGACGCCGAGGAGGACGAUGACAAGAAGGACAAGAAGAAGAAGACUGUGAAGGUCAAGUAUACCGAGGACGAGGAGCUGAACAAGACGAAGCCUAUCUGGACGCGUAAUGCGGACGAUAUCUCGCAGGAAGAGUAUGGCGAGUUCUACAAGUCCCUGACGAACGACUGGGAGGACCACCUGGCCGUGAAGCACUUCUCGGUAGAGGGUCAGUUGGACUUCCGUGCGCUAUUAUUCGUGCCCCGUCGCAUGCCCUUCGAUUUGUUCGAGAACAAGAAAAAGAAGAAUAACAUCAAGCUGUACGUGCGACGUGUGUUCAUCAUGGACAACUGUGAUGAUUUGAUUCCGGACUACCUGAACUUUAUUAAGGGAGUGGUAGACUCCGAGGAUUUGCCGCUGAACAUUUCCCGCGAGAUGUUACAACAGAAUAAGAUCCUGAAGGUGAUCCGUAAGAACUUGGUGAAGAAGUGCCUGGAGUUGUUCGAGGAACUAGCUGAAGAUAAGGAGACGUACAAGAAGUUCUACGACCAGUUCAGCAAGAACUUGAAGCUGGGCGUGCAUGAGGACAGCCAGAACCGUCAGAAGCUGGCCGAUUUGUUGCGCUUCAAUACCUCUGCUUCUGGGGAUGAGAACUGCUCGCUGGCCGAUUACGUUGGCCGAAUGAAGGAGAACCAAUCGCAGAUCUACUUCAUCACUGGUGAAAGCAUCGAGCAGGUGAAGAACUCGGCUUUCGUAGAGCGUGUAAAGAAGCGUGGUUUCGAGGUCAUCUACAUGACGGAGCCCAUCGACGAGUAUGUCAUCCAACAGUUGAAGGAGUACAAGGGCAAGCAGCUGGUGUGCGUGACGAAGGAAGGUCUGGAUCUGCCGGAAGAUGAGGCUGAGAAGAAGAAACGUGAGGAAGACAAGACCAAGUUCGAGAACCUAUGUAAGGUGAUGAAGUCAGUGCUAGAGAGCAAAGUGGAGAAGGUAGUCGUGUCAAAUCGAUUGGUGGACUCUCCUUGCUGUAUCGUUACUUCCCAGUUUGGCUGGUCGGCCAACAUGGAGCGUAUCAUGAAAGCGCAAGCGCUGCGUGACUCGUCUGCUAUGGGCUACAUGGCCGGUAAGAAGCAUUUGGAAAUCAAUCCCGACCACGCGAUCGUCGAGACGCUCCGUCAGCGCGCCGACGCGGACAAGAACGAUAAGGCCGUGAAGGAUCUGGUGAUCCUCCUGUAUGAGACGGCCCUGUUGUCGUCGGGCUUCUCGCUGGACGAACCCGGAACGCACGCAUCUCGCAUCUAUCGCAUGAUCAAGCUUGGUCUUGGAAUUGACGAGGAUGAGCCAAUGGCAGCAGAGACUACCGGUAGUACAACUGCAGCGCCAGGAGGCGAUGCUCCGCCACUGGUGGACGACUCCGAGGACCUUUCGCACAUGGAGGAAGUCGAUUAAAAUGAAUGUUUUAAAGAUAAGAUUCAUAACUUUAAGCAGUCUUUACCAUAUUGUUUGUAUGCUAGAAGCCAUUCGCUAGGUUAUUUAUAUAAAACGAUUCCAAGGGCUGAUCUGAUGCAUAUAUGGAAGUUAGGUUUUGAUGGAAGAGGAGCAUACGAUAUAAAAGAGAUAUGAAUUUUAGCUUAUGAUUGUGCAUGCAGACGUCGAGCAGAUUCUUUACAUGCCGUUCAAGGGAUCUUUACGCAGGUUGUAGGUGAAACUUGAAUCUUUACUUACAUGGUAGACUGACACAACAUGUGUUCAGUACGCAAUGCGUAUAAUUUGCAUCCAGCAUCCAAAGAACAGAUUCCACUAUCCCAUAUGGCACUAAAAGGGUUAGAAAACGUUUAGCGUUGCAGGCAUGUAGCGUUGUCUCGAUAUCUUGUAUUUGUUUCUUCUAGCUACUGAGACAUAAAAUUUACCGCGUUAUAGCGGAAUAACGAAUAAAGGUUUCCUAAUAUAUUGUAAAAA